AUGGCCGAUGUCGCGCCGCGAAAGCAGCUGGCGGAAUGGUGGGCGCAUCAGCUUAGGGCCCCGCGGCGGAUCGCGCGCCACGUGGCAGGCGGCGGAUCGCGCGCCAUGAGAGGCUCGGCACUGCCUGGUGAGAGGCUCGGCACUGCCGCGGCCAAGUGCCUCUUCAGCGCUGCAAGCGCCGCCAAGUGCCUCUUCCGCGCUGCAGGCGCGGCCAAGUGCCUCUUCCGCACUGCAGGCGCCACCAAGUGCCCGUUCCGCGCUGCAGGCGCCGCCAAGUGCCUAUUCCGCGCUGCAGGCGCCACCAAGUGCCCGUUCCGCGUUGCAGGCGCGGCCAAGUACCUAUUCCGCGCUGCAGGCGCCACCAAGUGCCCGUUCCGCGCUGCAGGCGCGGCCAAGUGCCUAUUCCGCGCUGCAGGCGCCACCAAGUGCCCGUUCCGCGCUGCAGGCGCGGCCAAGUGCCUAUUCCGCGCUGAGAGGCACGAGGAGAGUCCCUCCCCCCCCUGCCCUCCUUAUCCCCUUUUCCCCCGAUCCCCUUAUUCCGUUCCUCUUUAUUCCCUUUCCCCCCUACCUUGUUAUUCCCUUCCCCCCCGUUGCGCCCUUGCUCGUUCUGUCCUGGCUCGUUGCGCCGUUGCUCGUUUCCGCCGUUGCUCGUUUCCGCCGUUGCUCGUUUCCGCCCUUGCUCGUUUCUGCCGACAGUGA